UGUGAUUCGAAAUUAGUAAAGUCUAGUAAGAUAUUAAUCUUUUUCACAAACAUCUAUAAGACUUUAGAUAACGAUGAUAAGAAAUAUUAAGAAGCAGAGAAAUAGAGAUAACGGAUUUUUUUUUAGUUUUAUAACGCUCCUGCAAUAUUAAGCAGAGAAGUUGCUGUUUUUAGAACGUGAGAUGAAUAGUUACAAUGGUACAAUUAACAGAUUCGAUUGACAAUGAAAUGACUUCCCAAAUUUCUCAACUGUCCUGGGAAAAUUUGACCGUUACUAUGCCUGUUGAAGAUGAUGAGUGUUCGAGAAAAGUGUGGUGCAAGUUGUUGCGUAAAAAAAGCGUGAAAAUGUUUACUAUAUUGAAAGGAGUAUCCGGAUACGCAGAAACCGGUAACAUGUUUGCUAUAUUAGGACCGAGUGGCGCCGGUAAAACCACGUUUCUUGCUGCUCUGGCGAGGAGGCUCAAAUUAACUUCGGGCACAGUGAAGAUCAAUGGGCACGACGUUUCCAAAGAAACGAUGGCAGAAAUAUCGAAUUAUAUGCCGCAAUUUGACGCUCUGCCCUCUGCACUCACACCAAGAGAGUAUAUGUCGUUCGUGUGUGUUCUGAAAAUGGGAAAUAGUUGUAGUUCAUCACGAAGAAAAUCUUUGGUCGAAGAACUUUUGCGAGAUCUUGCAUUAUAUGAAUGUAUCGAUACUCUUAUAUGGAUGCUAUCGGGCGGCGAAAGGAAGCGUUUAUCGUUAGCCACGGAAUUAGUGACAAAGCCUAAAAUAUUUUUUUUAGACGAGCCAACCACAGGUCUGGACACUUUUGCCGCGACAUGCGUCGUGCAAUCGUUGAAACUGAUUGCUUCGAGAGGCACAAUAAUUUUUUGUACGAUCCAUCAGCCGGGUAUGACGAUAUACAAUAUGUUCAGUCAUGUAUUAUUAAUGGCCGAUGGAAGAUCGAUAUACUUCGGCACUUUAGGAAAUGCUACAGAUUUUUUUAAAAGCCAGGAUUAUCAUUGUCCUGUAAACUACGACGAGUCGGAAUAUUACGUAAAUAUUCUGUCACAUCAAAAUUGCACAACGGAUCGCAGCAAUGAACUGUGUCGAGCGUUCUCGCAAUCGUCACUGUCAAAAAUUCCUGCGAUCGAAAAUGCGAGAAUAAUUUUCCACGUCAUUCCACGAAAAAAAUCAGGAUGGUUUGUACAAUUUUAUUGGUUGCUCUGGAGAAUAUUUUUACAAGAUAAAAGGACAGUUUCCGACAAUUGGAUCGCGUGGUUUUCUUUUUCGCUAUCCGUAAUCUUUGUCAGUAUUUUUUAUGUCGACGCUAAAUCAUCGACGCAAGAGGGAAUACGAAGCGUUCGCGGUGCGUUGUAUAUGAUGAUAUCUGAAAUUAUAUUUACAGUCGCCUAUUCUGUCAUUUACCAAUUACCUGGUGAAUUUGUUCUUUACCUCCGCGAGAGUACCGUAUAUGCGCCAGGACCUUAUUACUUCGCCAUUAUUCUCGGCUCGAUACCCAAAGGAAUAUUCAAAGCAUUUUUGUUCACGAUCGUGAUAUAUUUCCUGCUACAUUCCGAAUUUUCGCUACUUGACUUUUGCUUGUAUUGUCUUUGUACGGCAAUGGCAGCGAUUUGCAGUACCGCAUAUGGCAUGAUGACCUCCAGUUGGAUCUCCAACAUCGAUAUUGUUACCACGUUAAUGGUACCGCUCGAUUUGCUGCUCCUUUUGACGGCGGGUGUGUUUUACAAUCUUCGAACUCUACCGAGCUACUUAGGCUACUUCAAAUACAUGUCGAUAUUUUAUUACGCCACCGAAGCUGUAUCGAUAAUACACUGGUCGGGAAUAAAGAGCAUCGACUGUCCGGUUAAUCGCGAUUUGCCUUGUUUAUCCAAUGGGACGGAAGUUUUAUCGGAGUACGGAUAUAACGACGGAAACUUUUGGUGGGACAUAACCGGAUUGUUGCUUCUGACAAUUCUAAUGAAUAUUGUUGUAUAUUUUGGUAUAAAGAGAAGAAGGGCAUCAAGAGCAAUUAUUUAAUCGAUGAUCGCGAAGCGUCUUUACAAAAAUACCGAUAAACUUAAAAAAUGUUUGAAAUAAACAGAUUUCAAUUAUUUAGCAAUCUUUUUCGAUAAAACUCGAUAUUAUGUGGUAAGCAUUUUACUUCGCGCCUGUAAUUUACGUUGUCAGCAUUUCUUGUUUUGCUCGAAGAGUUAAAAACUUCCCUUUUCUCAAGGGCAUUAAUAAUUUUCGCGCAUGCAACUAACUUAUCCGAUGCAUUACAUAAACCGAUCAUAAAACUCGAGGACGUAUAAAGUACAAGAAUGAGAGAGAUUGUAAAUAGUGUGAUUACGGUUGCGCAGUAAAGUAGUGCAUUUCUGUGUUAGCUUUCGUGAUAGAUUUAGUGAAAGAUAGAAACGAAGAAAAAUAUCGCUAUUGUUUCGAAUGAUUAGUGAAAAGAAAAAUUACAGACGAAAUUAACUGUGUAUAUGUGUCUGUGUGUGCGCAGAGUUUUUACAUUUAACUUUAUAUAUUAUUCUUUGCUCAUUCGGUAGUAUGUAAUUAUGGGCAAAAAAUUUUGACGUCACAAAAAUACUGAGAUAAUUUGUUACGAUUGUUAAUUGUGUCGAGGUAUUCGUAGAGAUAGAGACAGAUAAUAUAUAGAGAGUAGGAUGAUAACGCGGACGCGACGGCGCUCGACGAGAGGUGGGGAUCCGCUAGAAUCGCAAUAAAACGAUGGAAAUAUUGGAAUCGGCGCAAUAUGAUUCCGCGACGGGUCGCGAAAUGAAACGAAACAAUGUUUGCGUUGCGCGGAACGUCGGAUAUCCCUCUCUCUUCUCGUCCUCAUCUCGUCCUCUCUCCUCUCCUGUCCCGUCGCGGAACCGAGAUUUGUUAAUAUCGAGCGCGUUCUAGCUAGUACCGUGCCAAAAUGGCCGGCGUUUAGUCGUCCCUUAGUUCGGAUUUAAGUCGCUUGUUUAUCUCUCGGCUGUUUACAUACCACCGAGCUAUCCAUCUCUUCUUCUCACUUCGCUCCGAAACGCUCGUGUUUCAUUUAACGCACUUCGCGCAUUUCGUCUAUAAUAUAAAUUUAAUUUAAUAUUGUUUAGGAAAUUUAUAUAAGGGACAGAAAUAUAUAUAUAUAGUGUCUCGUAAAUAUAUAUUAUAUAUUCAAAUUUUAUUUAUAUUGUAGACACAUGUAUAUUAAUCAUAAAUGAAAAAUCGCGUCACGCUCUUCGAAUUAAUCAAUCGAUUGUAAAAGCGAUGAAGCUA